AUGGAUAAGAAUAAAAAGUUAAAAAAAACUAAGGAUUCUAUUUUGAUUAGAAAAAAUGGUAAAUAUUCUGAAAAUGCUGGUGAAAUUGCUCGAUAAAGGUAUCAUAUGUAAAUUAUGAAAUUCAGAGCAAUUUACAUGUUAUUUUUUGAAUGUGGAAUAUUAAUAACUUAUGUGAUAUUCUUAAUCUUAUUUAUAGUUUAAGAUAGAUUCAAAAUGCUUUAUUAAAUUCUAUAACUUGUCAUCGUAACGAAUUUUAUUGAAAUUUAAGAUUUUACUUCAAAUUGUUUCGAGUUGUUUCUCAAUACAUUCAAUGAUAUUUUUCAAAGAAUAUAUCAUUACCAAAAGUUCUAACUUGUACUUAAUAUUCGUCAAUCUUGUAGAAGCAUCCUAUUGUAUUGUUUAAUGAUUGUUCCCUUUGUUUUAAUGUGUUUGGAAGAUGAUAAAUUUACAAUUCAAGUUAUUUUGUAGAUAAUUCUUUUGUCUUGUUGCAUAAUUCUAUGUAGUUUAGAUUAAUAUUUAAUCAGAAUAUUUGUGAUAGACUUUUUAAAGGAAAAAUAAAGAUACAAUUUGAAAGCAGGUUAAGUAAAUUUAUUUAAUUUUAGCAUUACAUAAUCGUAAAAGCUUUGAGGAUUAAUUACAAUAAAGUAUAAUGAAUAGGUCAGAAGAUUUUACAUGA